AUGCAAACACAUAUAUAAAUAUUUAUAUUUAAUUUUUUUUUUUUUAAUAAGUAUAUAAUUUUUACAAAAUAUUAAAAAUUAAAACAAAAAGAUCAAAAGUAAUAGAAAAUCGAAAUUUUAUAAGAUAAAAAAAUAGAAGAUUAACAUAAAAAUCAAAAAUAAAAAAUUGUUGAAGAGGACAUAUUUAAAAAUGGAUGCCAAAAAUAAGAUUAAAAAUAAGAAGAGAAAAAAGACUUAUAGGAAUAAAAAUAACAAUAAAAAAAAAAAGAAAGUAAAUAUGAAGAAGAAAAGUAAAAAAAAAUAGAAUUAGAAGAAAAUAAAUAAGAAGUAAAUGAAGAAGACGAAGAUGAAUAAUUAGAAUAAAAAUAAAAAAAAAAGAAUAAUAAUAAUAAUAAUAAAUAGAUUUUAAUUUCGAAUAAUAUUAUAAAAAAGCUAAAGAAUUUAUAAAUAAUAAUGAAAAUUUAUAAAAAUUAGGAGGAGGUAUUUUAAUGUUAAUAUUGGGUGGUAUAAUUUAUUAUUAAUAUUAAAAAUAUUAAUUAAUUUCAUAUACUGUAAUAAAUAUAUAUAUAUAUAUAUAUAUAUAUAUAUAUAUAUAUACAUAUAUCUAUUUAUAUAUAUAAUAUAUUUUUUUAGGAUUUUAUAAAAAAAUACUUGGAAACAAAUAAAAUAAAAGAAAUUAUUAUAUUAAAAUAAUAUUCAAAUGGAAAAGAAUUUAUUAAUAUAGCAAAAAUAAAAACAAAUGAUGGUGAAACAAGAAAAAUGAUGUUAGGAAAUGUGGAUCAUUUUUUAUAAUAACUUGAAUAAAGGCAAAAAGAAAAAGAAGGAAAUUUAAUCCCUGUUAAAUUUGAAUAUUUACUCGAUAAUUCGAAAAUUCUUAAUUAAUUUUAUUCUGUUUUGUCUUCUAUAGUUUCCAUAGCUUUCUGUUAUGUACUUUUUAAAUAAACCACCAUGUUAAAAGGACUAGGAAAUAAAGGAGGUGGUGGUGGAGAUUCUAAAGAUAUAUUCAGCAUGGGAAAAUCAAAUGUAAAAGUAUUUGGAUUAGAAACAAAAAUAAAUAUAAAAUUCAAAGAUGUCGCCGGUUAAGAUGAAGCUAAACAAGAAAUAUAAGAAUUCGUUGAUUUUUUAAAAAAACCUAAAAAAUACAAAGAAAUAGGUGCUAAAUUACCUAAAGGAGCACUCCUAACAGGCCCACCAGGAACUGGUAAAACUCUUUUAGCAAAAGCUUGUGCAGGAGAAGCCGGAGUUCCGUUCUUUUUUAUUUCUGGCUCUGAUUUUGUCGAAAUGUUUGUAGGUGUAGGAGCUUCUCGAGUACGUGAUUUGUUUAAAAAAGCAAAAGAAAAAUCUCCAUCAAUAAUUUUUAUUGAUGAAAUAGAUGCAGUAGGAAGAAAAAGAGAAAAUAAAGUCGGUGGAAACGACGAGAGAGAUAAUACACUUAAUCAACUUCUUGUUGAAAUGGAUGGUUUUGAUACUGAUUCUAAUGUAAUAGUUUUAGCCGCUACAAAUAGAAAAGAGCUACUAGAUUCAGCCUUGACACGUCCUGGUAGAUUUGAUAGAAGCAUAGAAAUAACUAAUCCUGAUAUAGAAGGUAGAAAAUAGAUAUUUAUGGUACAUUUAAAGCCUAUAAAGCUUCAUCCUGAUCAUACAAUGGAUGAAUAUGCUAAAAGAUUGGCUACUUUAACACCUGGAUUUUCCGGGGCUGAUAUAAUGAACUUAUGUAAUGAAGCUGCUAUAUUGGCUGUCAGAAAAAAUAAGAAAUAUGUUGAAUCUAUAGACUUUGAAAUGGCUUCAGAAAGAGUAAUUGGUGGUUUGGAGAAAAAAAAAAUCGUUUCAGAAGAAGAAAGGAGAAUCGUAGCAGUUCAUGAAAGCGGACAUGCAGUUAUUUCUUGGUUUUUAGAAGGGGGAUAUCCUUUAUUAAAAUUAACUAUCAUUCCAAGGACUAAAGGGUCCUUAGGAUUUGCUUAAUAUUUACCUAAUGAAAGUUCAUUGGAAAAUAAAAGUGAAUUAAUUGACAGAUUAUGUACAAUUUUGGGAGGAAGAUGUGCAGAAGAAGAAUUUUUUUAAACUAUAACUACUGGAGCCUAUGAUGAUUUAAAAAAAGCAUAUGAAUUAUGUCACGCGAUAGUUUCGAAAUAUGGAAUGAGUGAUAUUAUAGGCAAUGUAGGAUAUAUUGAAAAUGAAUAUAGUAAAAGUUAUUCAGAUUCUACUAAUAAAGAUAUUGAUGACGAAAUAAAGAAAAUUAUACUUGAAGCUACAAUUAGAACUAGGGCUUUGGUUAAACAAUAUAAAUAAUAAAUUGAUAAUUUAUCAAGCGAAUUGUUGAGUAAAGAUACACUAGAUUUGAAAUAAAUAACAAGAAUUUUAGGUAAUAGACCUUUUCCACCAAAAUCUAAUUAUAAGGCUUAUUUGGAAAUUUAGUAAUAAGAUGAAAUUUAAGAUUAAAAAAAGAGAUUCUACAACAAUUCUCAUAAUAUUAUACACAUUUACCUCAGUUAUGAUAAUAAUGGCCCUAAUAGCCACUCACAUAAUAAUAAAAAUCUUGUUUUUUAUAUGACUGUAUUCUAUGAAGUUAUUAUGUUUUAUACAAAUAUUUGUUUGAUUAUUACAUCUUAUUUAGAUUUUGAUGAUAUCGAUAAUAUGGGAUUGUUUUAUAAUUAUUUUAUUGCUCCUUUUCUUUUCUAUUUUUAUAUUAAUAUGAAUGAUUAUUUUAACUAAUAUAUAUUUUCUAAAAAAUCUAAAGAAAUCAAAGAUUCUAGCGAAAUGAAAAUAUAUAUAAUAAAUUUAUUAUAUUAUAUAAAAGAAAGAGAUUCUUUAAAAGAAAGAAUUAUUCUUGAAGGUAUGUUCAGAUUACAUUAUAAAAAUUGUAUUAUAAUAGAUUGUUAUUGUCAUAAUAUAAUAGAUGACUAAUUAUUUAAGCAAGAUAAAUUAUAUACUUAAGAAUAACAGAGAGAAAUAGAAAAAAAGUGGUGUAUAUUCAGCCAAUAAAUAAUUAUAGAUUUCAUUUCAAGAAGCAAAAAAGACUAUUAUUUACAUUUAAUAUUUUCAUAUAUAUUAUAUGAAAAACUAUAAAAUACAUACAGAACUUUAUUGGAAUCAAUGCUUACAAUAGAUUCUAAGCCAGCAUUAUAGUAAGAAUUUUCAGUUUAUAGAUAUUAAAUGUAAAUAUAGUUAAAUAUGUAAGAAGAUGAAAUAAAAAGUGAGAAAAAAACAGUUGAUUUUAAUAAAAUUGUUUAAUUUUAGAGUUUAUUUGUUUAAUAUUAAGAAAAAAUUGACGAAUCUUGUUAUCUCCAUAUUAAUUUUUGGAGAGAAUUAUUAGAAUAAAAUCCUGAUAUAUAAAAUCUUGAAUAAAUGGGUUCUAAAAUUACAUAUUCAAUAGAAUAAGUAUAAAAAUACUUCGAAUUAUGUAAAGAAGUUUAUCCUAAUAAUCUAUAAGUUUUAUAAAUCUAUGGAUUAUAUUUACAAAAUAUAGUAAACGAUGAAGAUUAAAGCUAAGUAAUAAUGGAUAGUUAUAAAAAUAUAAUAAAUUAGUAAUAAUAAAGUAAGCUAUCGAAUAAUUUUGAUUAUUAUAAAUAUGGAGAAAACUCUAAAAUUUCAGUAGUAGUGUGUUCAGCAUAACAUAAUAAAGUAGGAACUAUAAUAAAUUUAAAUUUUAAUACGAAAACUUUAACAAAUUAUAAUCCCCAUGAAUUAAUAGAUUAAAACAUAUCUAAAUUAAUGCCAAAAGUAAUCGGGGAUUUACAUGAUGGUUUAAUAUAUAAAUUCUUAUUAACUUCCUAAUCUAAUAUAAUAGUAAAAGAAAGGCUUAUUUUAAUUUAAAAUAAGAAUUUAUAUAUGAUUCCUUGUUCGUUAAUUAUAAAAAUUUUAACAAAUUUAGAAGAAGGAAUUUAAAUUGUUGGUAUUUUUAGUGAUAAUAUAAAAUCUUAAUAAUUAAUAUAAUCUUAAGAUGAAAAAGAACAUUAUAUAUUAUAUAGAUAUGAUACAGAAACUGAAUUAGUUUAAGGUAUAAGUAAAUCACUAUUAGAUAUAAUAGGUAUUUAAACUUAAUAAUUAGCAUUAAAAACAUAAUUUCAUUCAGAAUUAUAAUUAGAUAUUAUAAUACCUGAUAUUGUUAAUGAAAACUUUCAGGAAUAAAUAUAUAAAUAAGGGGCUAUUGUUGAUAUAAACUUGAAGCUUUUACACGAAUAUUAUAAUGUUGAAGAUUUUGAUGAAGAAAAUUCUUAUGAUGAAUAAAUACAAGAAUAAGAAUAAUAAUAGGAAGAUGAAAAUUAAUAGGAAGAUAUACUAUAAUUAAAUUCUAACGUAUAACUUUUUUCGAAAAAAAGUAUUUAAAAAUAAAAAUAAAAUAUAAAAUAAAAAAAUAAGAUUAAUUUAUUAAGUGUUGUAGAAUUACCAAAUGAAAAUAAUAAAUAAGAAAGUGAUAAUAAUAUAUACAAUGAAUAAGAUUAAAAUUUUAGCAUAUAUACAAUUAAAUAUAAAUAAAAUGAAAAAGAAAACUAAAAUGAAAUUUAAAAUAAAGAUAGUAUUACACAUGAAGUUUAUUCUUCUGUUUAAGAUGAUUAAAUUAAAUAAUUAAAAGAUUUUAAAGCAGUUAUUUCAGAAAAAUAAAUACCUAAGAAUAUUAUUAUAUUAAAAAAGGCAAUGAUAUUUAAACUUUUAGCUAUUAUUACACUUUAUUCAGUUGAUUUUAAUUAUAAAAGUAAAUAAAAUGAUUCGUUUAAUUAAGGUACAAACGUUAUAUACUACGGACAUCAAAGAUAAAAUAUUAUGGCAGAAAUAAAUUAUUAUGCAAGAAAAAUAUAAUUAAUAGCAAAUGAUAAAAUAAAUAUUCCUAUUUAAUUUACGGCAGAAAAAUUUUAUUAGAAUAAUCAAAAUAAACUUGAAAAAUAUGUUGAUAAUUUAUAAAAAAUUUAAUUUAAAAUAAUCGAACAUACAAUAAAAAUAAAUAACGAAUUAGAAAAUGAAUUUAUUGAUUAAAAAUAUGAUUUUUAAUUCAAACUUUAAAAUGGAUAAACAAUCAUAAGUACAAACAUUUUUUCAGAUGCUAUGUUUUAAUUUAUAACAGCAUCUGCAUCAUUAGCAAAUUCAACAUAAAAAAGUUUUAAAGAAAUUUAUAAUUAAAAAGAUGGGUAUUUAGAUUCUACAUCUAAAUACUUCUUUUAUGUUAGUACUAAUGGUUUAUUUAUUCUUAGGUAAGUUAGUGAACAAAUUGCUAAGUAGUUUUAUGAAUAUUAUGUUAAAGUUAAUUCAUAAUAUUUUUUAAUUUUUGAAAUUAUAAUGAUAGUAAGUAUUUUGUUUAUAGUACUAAGCUUAUUUAUAUUAAUUCCGAUAAUAUUUUAAAUACAUAAAGCUAAUAAUCGAGUACUUUCAUUGUUUGGAAUGAUUGAAAUAGCAGAUAUAUAAGAUUUAGGUUAGAAAUGUGAAUUAUAUUAGUAAUAAUAUUUAGAAAAAAACCAAAUAAAUAAUUAAAACCUUGAAUAAUUAAAAGGAUAGGAAAAUAAUAGUUCAAAGAAUACAAUAUAAAAGUUAAAAGAAUAGAAUUAAAACAAUUAAGAAAAAAAAAAAACAAAAGAUACACCUUCGCCUUCUUCUCCUACUAAAAAGAAAAAAAAAAGCGCUUUUUAAUUAUAAUAAGAAGCAAGUCGUUCAUAAAAAUUAAUGCAAUCUAAAUCUUCAAAUAAUAAAACAGAAUUAUAAAAGUUUUCUUUUUUUGCAAUUAUUUUUAUCUCUACUUUUGUAGCUUAAUUUGUUCUUGAAAUCUAUUAUUUAAAACAUAUCUAAAAUGCAUAUAAUUUAUUAGAUUUAACUUCGCAAAGAAAUCCUAUUUCUAAAUAUAACCUUCUCUAUUUAUUAGAAUAAAUCUCCUCAGCCAAAAAUCUAUAGGAAGAUAAUUAAAAUUUAAAUGAUAUAUUCAUACAAAGAGUAUAUUAAAACGAAUACAAUAUUUUUGAAAAUGUCAAAAUUAGUUUUCCAUCUUAAUUUGAUUAGUUUAAGAGUAUUUUUAUUUAAAAAAAUUACGAAACAGCAUGCCUAGAUAAUUAUAAUGUUAUUGAAAGUAUAGAAACUAAUUUAACUUAACAAGAAUGUAUUACUAUUAAUUAUGAAAUAUUGCUUAAAGGUUUAAGAAUGUCUAUAAUUAAUUUAACAGAAAAUAUUAGAGUUAUUUUAAAUUUAUUUAAUUAAGAACAAUAAAAAUAAAAUUUUUAAACAUAAAAACAUUAUUUAAAUGAUUAAUCUUUUACUAAUAUUGAAUCUUUAAUGAUUUAUAUAAAAUAUUUAAAUGAAUUUUUAAUUUAAAUUCUUAUUGAAAAUAUUUAACAAUAUUAAAAAUUCUAUUUAAAUUUAAGUAUGUAUUUAUUUAUUUCUUUUUUAUUUUCUAGCUUUUUUAUUUAUUUAUGUUUAUGGAACCCUUAUUUAUAUGAAUUAAAUAUUAAAAUAUGGAGAACAAAAGGUAUGCUUAAUAUGAUUCCUAUAAAAAUUAUAUUUAAAGAUAAAAAAUUAAUAGAAUAUUUCUAAAAUGAAGAGAUUUUGAAAGCUGUAAAAUGA